ACGGGCUGUGGUCCCCCAUGUGCUGCAGAGUGCUGCCACCUGUCGGCAGGUGUGAGUAUCCGUUCAGCAUCUUCACUAGCUUCAGUCCACACACAUGCUAACUCCUGAGCUGCUGGAACGCUGCUAAACGAUGAACCGUCACAACAAUGUCCCGUUCGGCGCCUCUGCGGCUCCUCCAGCUACUCCACCACCCAAACUCAAGCCCGGAAGAAUACCCAAAGACUUCAUGGAGGCUAUGAAACGUGUCCCGGUGAAUGCAGCAGACAAUUCAAACAUCAGGCCGCCGCCUAAGGAGGCUGCUGAGACACAACCGACCAAGAAAAGAGCAGGAAAACCUUCUGGCUUCAAAUGGAAGUCUUCAUUCACACCAUUAGGAGGAGAAGAAGAAGAAGAAGAAGAAGAAGAGGAGGAGGAGGAGGAGGAGGAGUACUCUCCGGACAAAAGCACAACCAAUUCAGAAAUGGUUGAGCUCUACGACCCUUAUGAACCUGGCUUGUCAGACUCUGAAUUCGAGUUGGCACAGAGCAAAGCCCAACAUCACUCCUCACUCGAUCAGGAUAACAACACGGAAAGCCAACGUUUGUCUCCAGGUAGAGGCUGCCAUGACAAAGGCCGCUGGGACUCACCCUACCCUAAGACAGGGAACCGACUCUUUGACAGACCUGACUUAAGACCUGAGUUCAUCCCCGAUGACAAUGAAGGUCUCGGUUCUCGCCCACUGCCUGAGCGAGAAGCUUAUAGCCCGCACAGUGAAUCAUUUGACCAACAGGAGUAUGACUCCAUAAGCCAUCCCCUGGACCACAGGGUGUGCAGCCCUGAGAGGAUCGUUGCCAGAUCCUCAAGCCAAGAGUUCACUGCAUCUUACGGAGGACAGGAGACCAAUGGGGAGGAGAGGAUGAGAAUGCCAGAACACAGGAGAGAGAUGACCACUACUGUCAGAUUAUCCCCUCCCAAGUUACGGCAAAAUUCUAGACAUCAUUUGGGGCAUAUGGAAAAAGAUCUGGACCCAAACAUGGCUGCCAAAGAAAGGACAAGAAACAGGACCAAAAUGGUUAUAACGGACAAGGAUCCCAUCACCUGUGACCUUUGUGAUGUGGAGCUAGGCAAUGGGCAGGAGCUGGAGGAUCACCUGGACAGCAGAGGCCACUGGGGGACACUGGAGUACAUUCAACAGAAUAAUAAUUACAAUGAUCUGGAGAUAGCUUUCCUGCAGGACGUCAUGCUGUACAAAAGCCGCCAGUGUAGCCGAGCCAUAGAGCAAAGCGCUGUAUUUGCUCUGCAGGAGAACGACCACAUGGCAAAGUUGGAAAUGUUCCACUGUGCAGCCUGCGACGUCUAUGUUUCCACAUCUGCGUCCUCGGUGCAGACCCACAUCACCUCUCUGGACCACCUCUCCAACAUAAAGGAGUUUGAAGUGCAGCAGAGACGUACUUGCCUCGACAAAGCAGGAACUAUUAUGAAUAAGCUGAAACCUCAGUUUGAACACUUCGUAAAGGGUGAAAGCCUGUUUUAAUGAACGAAUCUUCAAAAAUCCUGGAAACAGAGAAGCCGUUCACUUCAGAUGAAGAGAAAUGGACCUGAAACAGCAGAUCAUUUUGGACCAUAACCACAUGUACUGGAUGGUUGUUUUUCCACCGGUUAUUUCACAUUUUGUACAUAAAUAAAGAAAAAACUCCUAUCAUCACCAUGUGGUCACUUUAAGAAAUGAAGCUUGGGAUUUUUUUCAAAUUUACACAACCGUUUAUCGUAUCUUUGCAACAAAAAAAAACAGGUAGACAGUCAACUUGUUUCUUUGCAUUUAUUUAGAACACAUGUUUUUAAGCAUUGUAUUUGUGUGAUAUAGUACAUUUAAAAUUAAAUUAUUUCAAAACGGUAUAUUUAAACAUUAAAUAUAGGUGACAUGUAUGAAGGGCAUUGCCAGCACAGGCUGUGCAUGAAAGGUCUUUUUCUUCACCACUUUUAAUUUCAUCUUUGUAUUAGAAACAAUGCAGUUACUGAAACUCUAUGAAACACUUUCUAUGCAUAACAAGUUUGCAGACAUUUUUCUUUUUUGUUCUUGAGAAGCAGAUCUCUUCUUCCACUUGUGAUUCUUGGAACUGUCCUUAGAGAAAAUUUCCAUCUCAGUAACUAUGACCUGAAAACAGUGAGGGCUUGGAUUUCAUUAUUUUGUUGUACAAAAGAAACAUGAUUAUAUGCAUCUUACGAAUGUGAUUGAUAUAGGAGAGGUG